AUGUCUGCAAAUUACAAAAAUUUUGUGUUAGCGCUUCAGAGUGCAACAAGUAACUCCCAAACCUCUCGAGUCUGUGAGGAAGCACUUUCGACGAUCAAAACAAAUGAAACGAAUGAUUGUUUAGUCACCGAGAUCCUCCAAGAGAUCAUCACGUGUUCGUCGUUGGGGCAUUCCGUUGACCAAUACAAAUUCUUUGUAGUUUCGAAUGCGUCAAAGAGCGAAAUUUUACUUCCGGCGACACAAACGUUUUUAGCGGUAGUCUCUCCACAUGACGAAUUAUACUUACUCUUACAUACAAACACACUGCAACUCUCUUUAAGAGACCCUUUCACGCACCCAACUCAAACUGUGUGUGCCUUAAAAACGUUAAAGAUGUAUGUGACAAAAGUUACUGCGGAACAAUACUUCGAUUGGUGUUUCAAAGCAAUUCAGUUGAUCGAAGACCGCAAAAACUCCAAAGACGUUGUUAUACUCAGAUCUUUCAUAUCUGUCCUUCCACUCUUUAAAGACUAUAUCUCUCCUCCACAAACAGAGAAGAUCAUUUGUGUCUUAAUUAAACUUCUUUCUCAUAAGAGUCUUCUCAUUGUCGAAGUGACUGUUGCUGUCCUCAAAGUGUUUUGUCGCGGGUCAUCAUACCCAUCUGUUCUUCUCCCAUUAAAAAGUCUUUUAAAACUCCUCACGACGUGUAAACCAGUAUCGGAGAUAUCGGGAAUUACAUGUCCAUAUAUCGUGUCAAAUAUAUUAAAAACGCUUUCUACCUUCGACAAGAACAAAAUUGAGUUAGCGGAACAGAGUGACAAAGGUGAAAAGACACUUCUUGUGGUGAAGAAGCUCGCAGAGAAGUUUUCGACGAAUUUUGAAAAUCCCAUGUCGUUAAAUAUUUUCAUUGACGUGUUAAAGUUCCUCCACAAAAUGUCUUUGGAAGAGUGCGAGAAAGUAGUUUUAACAUGUGACUUACAGAGUUUAAGAAUGUCACCAAAUGGGAUGGUCAACAGGGCUUUUCUUCAGAUCAUUUCAUACUCGCAGAGUCUUGUUACCACCUUCCAAACUGAUAUUUUAGCAAUGUACAAUGGAAGUGAUCAACUCACAUCAGUUCAAGCUCUUGAUUUGAUUCACUCGAACAUUCAAAUUACCGUGCCACCUUCUCUCGUGUUAUACAACACUUAUGUGUUCUCUCAACUCGAGAAAGCAGUCACAAAACGCAUCCAGAAAAUGACUCCUCCACUUAGUCCAGACAUUGUGAUCUCUUUACUUAACUUAUGUCCUUCCCGUGGAGUGCUCAAGACGGUUCUUCAACUUCCAAUCGAGACUUCAGUGCUCUUAACAACCUACCCAGCAAACAUUAUAUCUCGGAAGUACGCUAUUGCUCAAGGUUUUGUAUGUACUCCACUCACUCAAGACGAGCUUUUAUUACAACUUUCUGUAGACACCAUAACAGGAAAGUCGACGCACAUGACCUGUGGUACAACACACAGUGUUUCUUACUCUCAGCGUGUCCACGAACAAACUGUUUUCCUCUCAAGUUCUAUGAAACAAUGA